AUGCGACCUGCGGCAGAUCCUCACGCGGUGCCGGCCUCGUGUGAUGAGCCUGCCCUACCAGAGUCGCUGUUGCCAGCCGCGAUAGACAGGUACGAGUCGGGUCUAUUGUCCCAUCUGGGCCUGGUCAAGCGGCUGCAAACUGGAGAUGGAGCAGUGGCACACCAGACCGUUUCCCAGGUGCUGGAAAGCGCCCAGAGGUUGCUGGAUCAGUUCUCGGUGCUGAGGAACAAACUUGUCUCCUUGGCAUCCAGCGAUGAGCCCGCAAUAAAGAACGGGGAAAACUCACAAAGUGAGCGGAAUAUCCACCGCGCGACGGGGGCGUCGCGCAUUUCGAAAAUGACUGGUAAUGGAUCCAAGUCACAAGUUCCGCACUCUCACGAACCUUGCAUUUCUCCAACUCUGAAGCCUCGCUAUGCCUUGAAGCGCACAUGGGUGCAAGAUACCGAUUCGGGAAUAGAAGAUCGAAGCGAUCGAAAUGAUGACGUAUCGCAAAAGCGCCCAAGAACAAAACUAAAACUACCUGGAGCAAGCAACGAUGUCAAUGACUUUGUACCAGUAGCCUUGCAAAAGGAUGACAUAUCCGAAGAAGUAGAACAGCGAUUGAGACUUCGAGAGGAAAGGCGAGAAAAGCGCAACACAGUGUCGACGAAUAAGCGGAAGAGAGAUAGCACCACAGCUAAGGAUGAUAUCGCUCUGGUUAAGGCAGAACAAUUAAUUGGCAAACGUCACAAGGCAGAGCCAUUUGAAUAG